AUGGUAGAUUGCCAGCAAACAGGCUUCACUACAUGCAUAGAGACUCAUUGCAAGUAUCAGUUGGAUGUUCAGGGUGAUGGGCAUUGGCAGGUGGACGGCCUUGUUAUGAUUCUAUUACUUUUGUUUCUGAUGCAGACUGUCUUCAAGCCAUCAUUAUGUAAUGUUGGAUUAAAAAAUGUCGCUGCUGGGGAAAUUAAAUUCCACUGGGUGUAUUUGGGGAGAUUACAAGAAUAUUGA